AUACAUUUAGCCGUCGCGUCGGUGAGAGUCUGAGGUUUGAGUGUUGGUCCCGUUUUCAGUAUGCAUUCAUCUCGAGCUAGGUUAUUGGCUGCCCCAAGGGCAUUGGUGGCACAAUCUUUUCCAUCAACGGCAAGUGUAAGAUGGCAGUCGACGGCCGCAGCGCCGCAGUCCUCAACGAAAACAAAACCGAAGUCGGCACCUGAAACUUCGCCGUCGUUCGUGAAGAACAUCUUUUGUGGUCGGCUGGUGACGGACCAGAUCCUGCCCUACCCCAAUGUUCUCACAGAAGAACAGACCGAGAACCUCAACAUGCUUAUCGACCCAACCGAAAAAUUUUUCCAGGAAUGCAAUGACGCAGCCCGGAACGAUGAGCUGGAACGCGUUGACGAGAAGACCAUGCAAGGGCUGAGGGAGCAGGGGGCCUUCGGUCUACAGGUGCCGACAGAGCUGGGAGGAGUGGGCUGCAACAACACAAUGUACGCCAGGCUCGUGGAGAUCGUGGGUGCCCACGACCUCGGGGUGGGCAUCACGUUGGGCGCCCACCAGAGCAUCGGCUUCAAGGGCAUUUUGAUCGCGGGUAACAAGGAGCAGAAAGAGAAGUACCUGCCCAAAGUGGCGUCAGGAGAGCACAUGGCAGCCUUUGCCCUCACCGAGCCCUCCAGUGGCUCUGAUGCCAACUCCAUCAGGUCUCGUGCCGUGCCCUCCGACGACGGCUCUCACUGGAUCCUGAACGGUUCUAAGAUCUGGAUCAGCAAUGGAGGAAUAGCCGAAGUUUUUACAGUCUUCGCUCAAACGCCAGUGAAAGACGAGCGAACAGGAGAGAUGGUGGACAAAGUGACGGCUUUCAUCGUUGAGCGUUCGUUUGGUGGCGUGACAAACGGCGCGCCAGAGAAGAAGAUGGGCAUCAAGGCCUCCAACACGACCGAAGUCUACUUCGACAACGUUAAAAUACCUGCCGAAAAUGUGCUUGGCGAAGUGGGCAAAGGUUUCAAGAUUGCGAUGGAAAUCUUGAACAACGGACGGUUUGGUAUGGCGGCGGCCAUGUCGGGCACCAUGAGAUCGUCCAUCAGCAAAGCUGUUGAGUUCGCCGCGAACCGAAAUCAAUUCGGCCGCAAGAUUCACGAGUUUGGCGCCAUCCAGGAGAAGUUGGCGCGUAUGGCGAUGCUGCAAUACGUCACAGAGUCACUCGCCUUCAUGAUCUCCUCGAACAUGGAUAGCGGCUCUAAGGAAUAUCACCUCGAGGCCGCCAUCUCCAAGGUGUUCGGUAGUGAGGCGGCAUGGUGGGUGACAGACGAAGCCAUCCAAGUGAUGGGCGGCAUGGGCUUCAUGAAGGAAUCAGGGCUGGAGCGCGUCGUACGCGACCUGCGCAUCUUCCGCAUCUUCGAGGGCACCAACGACAUCCUGCGCCUCUUUGUCGCCCUUACUGGUCUUCAGUACGCCGGGGGUCACCUGCGCGCCAUUCAGACGGCGAUCAAGAACCCGACGGCGAACCUGGGCGUGAUCCUGGACGAGGGCAGCAAGCGGGCCAUCCGGGCCAUGGGUCUCAGCCACAGUGGACCCCUGCCUGACGUCUUCCUCAGCCUCAAGGACCAGGCCCUUGACGUUGCUAAGACGGUUGAGGAGUUCGGCUCGGCAUGCGAGUCUCUAUUGAUCAAGUACGGCAACAACGUCGUUGAUCAACAGUUCCAACUGAACCGUAUCGCUAACGCAGCCAUCGACCUCUACUGCUGCGCCGCCGUCCUUAGUCGCGCCACCAGGAGCCUCGAGCUCGACCUUCCUUCUGCCCAACACGAGAAAAAACUCGCCACUGUUUGGGUCAAUGAGGCGUGCUCUCGGGCCCGCUACCACAUCAAGGGCUCGCGCUCAGGCAGCACCAAAAGCGACUUCGACGCCAUGACGUCCAUCAGCAACGACCUCAUCGAGAACGGCGGCCUCGUCGCCGGUCGAGCCUUAGGCUUCUGAGUGCCUUGUACCCUAGUUAAAAUAAUUCAGUCGAUAAUAAGUUCCAUGUGCAUUUAUGGUAUUAUGUUCUCGUACGCGUAUUUCUUUCUUUAAUACAAGUAGAAAAUACAGAGGAACAAUUAAUACUUGAAUGAUUUUUUUUAUAAAUGCUUAAAAUGAAUUAGAAAUGUAAACUCUUAAUGACCUGACAAAAUGACUUAAAUUCCGUAAAAAAAGUUGCUUGAGCUUUCCGUCUCGUGUGUGUUGGCUUACGAGCAUGACAAUUACCAAGAAAUUUUGUCCUUCUUUUGCUAAUCCUUUGCUCUACUUCGGAUGCAAAUGACCUCAUUGCGGAUGACAUUGGCUGUUAAUAACCGCAUCCAACCAUGAUGGUUCAAUGGUAUUGGUUUUAAUGUAGUAUUUUGUGUGCCUAAAAAUAACAUUUUCUGAACGAACCUGACUUACUUCAUGGCUCAUAAUUUAGCAUUAAGAGGAGACUAAUCCUGACUAUUCAUUAGUCCUGUGAUGGCUGAUCAAUGCAAGCUCUUCGUUUUUAAGGAUAGUAUUUAUUUGUAUAUAUCUUAUCGUCAUGAUAAUCUGGUUCAUACUGCUGCUUGACUCAAGGUUGUAUCCUGAAAUGUUUCCGGUCUUGAGCUCACAAAAUCAUGAGCUAUUUUUCUGCAGACGCUCAUCGCUGUGUCUCAUUUUUAUGACUGGAAUAGUCAUAACUAUAAAAUAACUUCCACCCAAACCAGCGCAAUGAGAUCUCGUCCAAAAAUUUAAUGAAAUAAUUCAAACAUUAUGACCUCCACCCAUGCCGUACGCCAGAAAUGUUUACACCCCCAACCAACUGCAUACGUGUGUUCCGCUCAGCCUUGAAGUUUGUAAGCAAAGGGUCUAGCAGUAUGUGCGUCUCAUCAGCAUUAUAUAUGCUCGGCUGCCAGCCGCUUUACCAUAUCUAAUGAUUGAAUUCAUGACAAAUUUUUGAUAGAAUUGCUCUAUCUUUUAAUGUUGUACCGAGUCAUAAGCUUACUACAUUGAAUUAAUAUUCGUGCUGAAGCCAAUGAGCAAACUGUUUUCCACUCUCACGUUUUGUGCUCCGUGGCGAUUCGUAGAAUGAGCUUCCAAGCAAGAUUUUUGUCUACACGAUAUUGACGGAUUGCCUAAGUAUAUUUUAGUAUGAGUCAUAAUCUGAUUAAACUUUAAGUAAUGACAA